AUGGAUAUGUAUAUUUCAUGGCUAUUUGUGAUGCUGUUGAGGAAGAGCUUGGCUGAGAUAGUUGAAGAGAGAGGGCCUCCAGGCUUCAGACGUAUUUCUUAUGAAACAAUCAUUCCAAGGAAAGUGACUCCCAAGUUUGCACGUGAGGAACCAGAGCAUGUGAGCUAUUUACUGCAGAUUGGUGGGAAUAACCUAGUGGUGCAUCUCAGACAGAAAUGGGGUUUGGUCCCUAAACACUUCCCUGUGUUCUAUUAUGGUGAAGAAGGAGAUCUCCAGAUGGACCAACCUUUCAUCCGAGACGAUUGUUUUUAUCAUGGCUUUGUUCAGGAUAAACCCUCCUCUCUGGUCACUCUCAGCUUUUGCUCAGGAGGACUCCGAGGUAUAUUGCAAUUAGAAAAGAAGAUAUAUGAAAUCGAGCCAGUUGAGGCAUCUGCUAUCUUUCAGCAUGUUGUAUAUUCUCUGGAAGAAGAACAAGGUUCUAUCUCGAUGAGAUGUGGACUAACAAAAGAAGAGGAAUGGUAUCAAAAGGCCAUUAUGCCCAAAAUGGAAAACCUACAGGAUAGAAGUGCUUCCAAGUGGUGGCCACACACUAGGCAUGCAGAAAUUGCUUUUGUGAUAGAUUAUGGACGAUAUUUAAAAUUUAACAGAAAUAAAACUCUAGUUGCUAUGAGUGUAAUAGAUAUUCUUCAUAUGGCAAAUUCAUUAUAUAAACCACUGUCUGUUAAACUGUCUUUAGCUGGACUGGAAAUCUGGACCCAAAGGAAUCCCAUAAACCUUAAGUGGGACAUACAUAAGACCCUCAUCUCUUUCACUGAUUGGAGAAGACGAUCACUACAAAAACGUCUAAGGAAUGACGCUGCUCAUUUAUUUGCAUUCAAGCAUUUUAGUGACUUAGGAUUAGCAUUCACAGGAGGAAUUUGUAGAGAUGACUAUGGAGCUGCUGUUAUACAAUACAUAACCACAAGCCUGUUCACUAUAUCUUUAAUAUUUGUUCAUGAGCUAGGACAUAAUCUUGGAAUGAGCCACGACAGAAAAUAUUGUUCAUGUGAAAAAGUUGAGUGUAUUAUGGCUGAAAACCUUUCAGGCUCUGAUAAGUUCAGCAAUUGUAGCUAUCAGGAUUAUUUCAACAACAGAAAUGCAAAGUGUUUACUAGAUCUACCAAAUCCAAGUAAAAUAUACACCGUCAGAUUUUGUGGAAACAAGGUAGUGGAUGGGAGAGAGCAAUGUGAUUGUGGUUCUGAAACUCAGUGCAGGUCAGAUCCCUGUUGCCAAUCUAAUUGUAUGUUGCGUCCUGGUGCUACUUGUGCAUUUGGCUUAUGUUGUGACAAGUGUCAGUAUCAAGUAGCUGGAACUGUUUGCAGAAAGGAGACUAACAGUUGUGAUCUUCCUGAAUACUGCAAUGGAACUUCUGAAAGGUGUCCUGAAGAUGUUCAUGUGCUGGAUGGUUUCCCAUGUGGUAAUGGUGUAUAUUGUUAUAAUGGGAAUUGCAACACUCAUGACAAACAGUGCAAAACAAUUUUUGGCAAUACAGCAAUAGCUGCUUCUGAAAUUUGCUUCAGGGAAAUGAAUACCAAAGGUGAUCGUUUUGGGAACUGUGGCCUUCAAUAUAAGAACUAUAAAAAAUGUAAAGUUGAGAAUGUCCUGUGUGGCCGUAUCCAGUGUGAAAAUGUGAAAAGCUUGCCUUCUUUGGAGGAACACAGUACAGUAAUUCAAACUUCCAUUGACAAUAAGCUAUGCUGGGGUAUCGACUACCACCUUGGAAUCGACAUCAUGGAUAUAGGUGCCGUGAAGGAUAGCAGCCCUUGUGGCAGUGGCAUGAUAUGCAUCCAUCGGGAGUGUGUCAACAUAGCCAGCUUAAUGAAUGAUUGUAAUGUCACAAACUGCCAUAAUCGGGGAGUAUGCAAUAGUCAUAAACACUGUCACUGUGAUUAUGGCUGGAAACCUCCCGACUACUGCAGAAAUAAAGGCUACGGAGGUAGCAUAGACAGUGGGCCACCUCCAGUUAGAGUGCAGUCUGAAGGUAAUAUGAAAAUCUCCAUUGUAGCUGGAAUACUCUCUGCGUUUGGUCUCAUAAUUGUUUGUGUUUUCUUGAUUAUCUGUUUCAAGGAUGAACAAAGAAUUCAAUUAAGAUAA